GGUCAUUUGGGAAAUUUCUAUCAUAGAGAAGUAUACCCUAAAACAGCAUAAUCGUCUUCCUCCUUUAGCUCUUCUUCCUCACCUCCCCAGAUACCCAAAACCCACAACCGAUCUUUCUCCCUCUUUCGCUGCUUAUUUUCUUCGAGAAAUUAGGGUUAGGGUUUUUCAAUUUGAGUGACAGAAAAUGGGGAAAGAGAUUCAGAAGCAACCUCAACCUCAGCAACAACAACAGCCUGCGACAUCGUACACUGUUGAACAGCUUGUUGCUCUCAAUCCUUACAAUCCUGACAUUCUUCCUGAUCUUGAAAAUUACGUCAAUGAGCAGGUUAUGACUGGAUCAUACAGUCUUGAUGCGAAUCUUUGUCUUCUUCGGCUCUACCAGUUUGAACCAGAGAGGAUGAGCAUCCAGAUUAUUGCCCGCAUUUUGAUCAAGGCACUCAUGGCAAUGCCGGCUUCUGAUUUUAGCCUUUGCCUCUUUUUGAUUCCUGAACGUGUGCAAAUGGAAGAGCAGUUCAAGACGUUGAUUGUUCUCUCUCACUAUCUAGAGACUGCUAGGUUUCGUCAAUUUUGGGAAGAAGCAUCCAAGAAUCGCCACAUUCUUGAAGCAGUUCCAGGUUUUGAGGAAGCAGUUCAGUCCUAUGCAGUUCAUAUUCUCUCACUAACUUGUCAACGGGUGCCAAGAGCUGUGCUUGCUGAGGCUAUUAACAUUGAAGGUCUCGCCCUUGACAAAUUCCUGGAGCAACAAGUUACAGAAUGUGGGUGGCUUCUUGAAAAGAGUUCCGGAAAGGGUCAAAUCAUUAUCCUCCCCCGCAACGAAUUCAACCACCCAGAGUUGAAGAAAAAUACAGCAGAUAGCAUACAGCUGGAGCACAUCACUAGGAUCUUCCCUAUUCUUGGUUGACCUCUAAGCGUUGUACUCCUUUUGGUUAAGAGUGUUUGAGAAUGGAUGACCAUUUUUGUUACCUGAGAUGCUCUGAAUACAGUUUUCUUUUUACCAUCAAAAGUUUUUGAAUGCUUAAUGUACUGAGAAAUGGCCUCAAAUUUUGAGUUAAUCCCUUCUCCCAAGUUUCACCAUAUGCUUUCUUUCAGCUUUUUGUGUAAUUAUGUUUUCUAAGAUUAGAAAUCUAUUUACUAAAACAAAACAUUGUUGACA